AUGGCAGUCAUCUCGAAGCCGGUCAUUGACAUCAAGUCUUAUAAAGGCAACAUCAUCAACGGCGAAUUCGUCCCAACAGCCAAAACACGGCACUCCAUAGACCCAGCCACCGAAGAGCCUCUCCCUCCCGCCCCCGUCGCCACGAAACAAGACCUCGACGCCGCCGUCAAGCACGCCCACGAAGCCUUCCAGUCAUGGUCCCAAACGACAUUCGACCACCGAGCACAGCUCAUGCUCCAAUAUGCAGAUGCCAUUGAGGCCAACCGCUCGGAGCUCGAAAAGCUCAACACCAUGGAGUCGGGAAAGCCUCUCCUCGUGUCCAAGACGGAGUUUGACUUCACCAUCCGCUGGCUGCGGACCUUUGCCACCAUGGAGCUCAAGGACGAGGUCCUCGAGGACGACGACGAGCGCACCGUCUACGGCACGUACCGCCCGCUGGGCGUCUGCGGCGCCAUCGUGCCCUGGAACUGGCCCGUCCUGCUCGGCCUGGGCAAGAUCGGGCCCGCGCUCAUGACGGGCAACACCAUCAUCAUGAAGCCGUCGCCGUACACGCCGUACACAGACCUCAAGCUGUGCGAGCUGGGCAUGACCAUCUUCCCGCCGGGCGUGUUCCAGGCCCUGAGCGGCGAUGACUCGCUGGGCCCGUGGAUGACGGAGCAUCCGGACAUCAAGCUCAUUGCCUUUACGGGAUCCGUCCACACGGGCAAGCUGGUGGCUGCGAGUUGUGCCAAGACGUUGAAGAGGUGCAUUCUCGAGCUGGGAGGCAACGAUGCGCUUAUCGUGUGCGACGACGUCGACAUUGCCAAGUGUCUGCCCAAGAUUGCGACCAUGACGUUUAUCAACUCGGGCCAGAUUUGCAUGCUGGCGAAGCGCAUCUAUGUGCAUGAGGCCAUAUACGACAAGUUCCGGGCGGCCUUGGUUGAGUUUACCAAGGAGCAUGUCAAGACGGGUGGCGGAUUUGAGCCUGGCGUGCUGGUUGGGCCGAUCCAGAACAGGAUGCAAUUCAAUCUGGUCAAGGAGAUGUACCAGGACGUCAAGGACUCGGGCUACCAGCUCGCCCUCGACGGCCGCAUCCUCGACGAAGGCAAGGGCUACUUCGCCGAACCGACCAUCGUCGACAACCCGCCCGACGCAUCCCGCAUCGUCGUCGAAGAGCCGUUUGGCCCCAUCGUGCCGCUGCUCAAGUGGUCGUCGGAUGACGAAGUCGUCGGCCGCGCCAACUCGCUCAACCACGGGCUCGGCGCGUCGGUGUGGUGCAAGGACCUGGUGCGUGCGGAGAGGCUGGCGCGGAGGCUCAGCGCGGGAAGCGUCUGGGUGAACUCGCACUUUGAUGUCGCGCCGAACGUGCCGUUUGGGGGGACCAAGGAGAGCGGGAUUGGGAGGGAAUGGGGGGUGGAGGGGUUCAAGCAGUUUACGGAUCACACGAGCCUGUGGGUGUGGAAGAAGAUAUUCGACUGA